ACUAAGCAAUAGGUAAGAGUUUUGACCGGGGGACAGGCGGUCACCUCCUGAUCGAUUCAUCGCUCCCCAUAGGUCCAUUCUGGAUGGCCGAUGCGAUCAUAGAUCCGACCCGUGCUCCGGUGGCAUACGGGCGGUGGGCCGUGCCGCAGCUGUUCCGGAAGCUACAGCAGCCCGGGGCUGAGGGGAGACUGCGGGCGCUGGCCUCACUCUGCGACUUGGUACAUGAACCGGAGCGGCUCUACCAGACUGUUAACGGAGGUUUUCUGAAUCAGCUGAAGGUUUUGUUCGGGGAUGAAGACCCAGCAGUCAGAGCAAAAACCUGCGAGCUGCUUCACCUGCUGACCUCCCACAGCAUCGGCAGGCAGGCCCUGCUCGCCUCCUCCCUGCUUCCUCUGCUCUCUCAGCUGUUGGACGACUCCUCGUUCUCCUGCAGGAGAAACGUCCACCGAGUGCUGAACCGCCUCGCUCUGCUGCCUGCAGGAGCAGAGGUUCUCCUUUCUCUGGUCCCCAAACUGAUGCUGAAGCUCACAAAGGAGGAAGACGAGGAGGUGCAGAUGCUGCUUCUCUCCACCCUCACCUACUGCUCCAGGCUGGAUGCCCUGCCGGGGUUGGCCUCCGAUGGCAUCUCGCUGCUGGGAUGCAAACUGUCCCACAAGUCCCCAAACAUCCGCAGAGAGGCGGCUGCAGCCAUGAUGGCGCUCAGCAUUCCUGUGGAGGGGAAACGACAGGUUUGCGAGGACGCCGAGGUCCUUUCUGUCCUGAUUGGUCUGCUGCAGGACAAAGACGUCGAAGUUCAAGCCAACGCUGCAGGAGUUAUCAUGAACACUGUGAUCAUCACCCGAGGUAAGCAGCGGUGUUUGGAUCUGGAUGUCCUCCCUGUCCUCCUCAGCCUGCUGUCUGAGAAGCAACAGGAUGAUGAGGCGAAGGAGGAGAUGAGGAAGAGGAGGAAGGCCCUCAUCAUGUACAUCCUUCGGGCUCUCACUGCACUGGCUGAAGCUCCAAGCGGACGCCAGCUCCUCCUGGAGCAGCUCCCCCUGCUGGAGAAGAAGAGUGAGGCUGCGGAGGAGGACCAGGACAUCCGCCGGGCCGCUCAGACCGCCAUCCGGGUCAUCACCUGGACUACAUGAUCUCUGACCUCCACAGUUAGUCUCAUGCGACGAGAUAAUAAAAAGCAUAACUCAUCAUACUUUUUGCUGUUCCUAUUAAACAUUACAUGG